AUGAUGCUCAGAGAUCUCACAAACAGCCCAGAGUUUGUUGAGGAGCUUCUUCCUGCUGCUGAGCGUACAGCUUUGCUCUAUCAUCUCUCUUACCUCUGUUUGGGGAGUUUCCCCAAGUUGGAGAGGAUUCUCAGACAGCGUGCUGUUGAAAAUCAGCUUCUCUUUGUCUCCUCUGAAACUCUUCUUCUAAAGUGUGUGACCACAAGUGAGGAUUUAGUUUCCGCUCUGUUGCCAAUGCUGAGGCUUAGUGUUGAAAAUAAUCAAACCAUUUUGGCUGGGAGGUCUCUGGAGAAAGCAAAAGCAUGGAUCACUGAAAUUGUUGACAGAGUGAACGCCAUCAUAGACAGAUAUGAAAAACACAACUAUAAUGUGGCUUCAAGCACCAGUGAUGUCAUUACUGAAAAAGCAGAGACGGAAAAGGAAAAGGUGGAAACAUCCAGUGAGAUCAAGAGUUUAGGGGAGAUCGUGAAUAAGUUCCAAGAUGAACUGAAUAAAAUCUUUGAGGAAAUAGGAGAAACUGAGACAAAGAUUCAAGAAAAAAAUGCAGAGCUACAGAAUCACGUCAGCGAUAUCUGUCGUAAAAGUCAUGGUUUGGGUAUCCUGGCUGCAAUUGUGCCAUUCAUUGGGCCGCUUAUUAAAUCCAUUUAUGAUACUGCAACCGCCCCUGGUGCAACUGCUAAAACCACAGCUCUCACCAGCGAAUUGUCUCGACUUUCCUCUGAGAAGUCAGACCUGAGAAACAAGGACUGGAACAUCCAAGUUCAGAUGACUGAUAUUCAGCUAAAGUUAGCAACUUUGAAAAUGCAAGAGGGUAAAAUACCCGACCCUGUCCAUCUCGGGGAGGUCCAAAUGUGCCUUUCUCAAAUCCAAAAAAUAUUGAUUCAGCUUCAGAAGUUUUGGAUGUCAGUGGGGGAACUUCUGGAUUCUCUGAAAAAGAAAACCUUUGUUGGAGAGGACAUCGUUGCCCCUGAAAUGAAUGAAAAUACUAAGAGCUUCUUUCUGAAGUCUAUUGAGAUAGCAGAAGAGUAUUGGAAGACCUUUGGCCAAAGCUGUCUGAAAGCAAAGGACAUCUUUAGCUUGCAGAAUAAGGAUGCAUACAAGUUCCUGGAGUCCAGUCCUCCUGUAGACCCAGUCGAGUGGAAACAAGAGUAUGAGUCUGUCAUGGAGAAGCUGAAGAACAUAAGUCCUAAUCCCUUAUGUGAGGCAAACAAUGCUGCCAUAACUGAGUAAAAUACAAUACAAAACACUGAUGCCUGCAUCUUUAACCAUAACAUCAUAGAACUUAUGAAAUGAAAUACUGAUAGCAACUGUUCUGAAUAACAUGUUUCUUGUAUUUGAUUAGUGUUUUCAUGUUCAAAAUAUUAAAAUGAUAAAUAACACCACCACUGUUCUGAAAGUAUGUCAUGGUUUCGUGGUCACCAAACUUAUAACAAAACUGGGUCAUAUGUAGCCUAAUGUGCUUUAUACUGUUUGCAUAAUUUUUUCCUUAAUAGUUCUGCUUGUUUAUAACUGCAGUAUUCCAUAAAUCACUGUAAGAAAAUAAAGGUAACUGGACCUUAUUACUGAAUCAUGUCUUUUGUGUUUACUGUACAUUCAGAAAAUGUAAAAUAAUAGUACAGCGCUCCACAUACCAGUGGAAAUUUUCAAUUUUAAGAUUACGCUAUUAUUCUAGUUUUAGUCUACUACAUAUUUUAGAGAUUAAAACACAGUUUCUUAAAAAUUCAUGAAUGAAUUAACUAUAGAAUCUCACGUGAGCUCCACUGUCCUCACUCUUAUUUGUGGUAGCUGCCAUAUUGUGUUACUGCUCAUUUUCUAUAUACUGCAGUUAAAUCGUUCAAAACUCUGCCAAGUCAUUGCGUUGACAACAUUUGUUGCCACCACACACGUAGAUAUAACAUACAGAUGCUUUAUCUUACAUUGAAGUCAAAUGAUGAUAAUUAUUGUUGAGUGUGUUACUCCUUUCGAUUAUUGUAAUUGUUUUUGACUCUUCUUAUUAGCGUUUGGGUUUAUUUCUUGUUCUGUAAAACGAUUUUGGUGUUUAUAAAGGCAGAACUAAAUAAAUAAUGCAUGAAGAAGGUAGAGGCAGAA